AUGAGCAAGCAAAUUAUCCUCCACCUCGGAACCCCCGUGGAACACAAUACAGCCCUGUACGAAAGGCUGGCGGCGCAGUUCACCAUGAUCCGCCCGUCGGUCGAGGAGCGCCAGCGCGAGGCGUUCAAAACCGCCUUGAAAGAACACCGCUGGGGCGAUUUCCACGCCCUGAUGCGUCCCUUCUGGAACAACGGCGGCGAAAUGGGCAACUGGGAUGAAGAGCUGAUUGUUCUCCUCCCCCGGACGGUCAGGGUGUUUGCCAGUGCGGGUGCAGGGUAUGACUGGGUCGACACCAAGGCAUUGACAGAAAAAGGCAUCGUGUAUUGCAACGGAGCAACCGCCUCGACAGAAGCAGUGGCCGACACGGCCAUCUACCAUAUCAUCAGCGUCUUCCGGAACCUGAACUGGUCGGCGAUGGCUGCCCGGUCGUGCGACGCCGAUCAAUGGCGCGACGCACAUGCCAACACGCAGCGCACGGCGUGGAACCCACAGGGCCAUGUGCUGGGCAUCAUCGGUCUGGGAAACAUCGGGUAUCGGAUUGCGCAAAAGGCGUACAGAGGCUUAGACAUGAAGAUCCAUUACCAUGACCUCUUCCGCAAGAGUCGCGAGGCAGAAACCGCCGUCGAGGCCGUCUACCAUGCUACCAAGGAGGAACUGGUCGCUGUCGCCGACUGUGUGCUUCUUGCGACACCCUUCUCUGGAGAAGCCCUGGUGGAUGCCGCCCUGCUCGCCAGGUUUAAGACUGGUGGCCGGCUGGUCAAUAUCGCUCGCGGGGGUCUGGUCGACGAGGACGCCCUGGUGGACGCCAUCCACUCGGGGCAGUUGCUCGGCGCGGGACUUGACGUGCAGGCCACGGAGCCCUUUGUGAACCCGAAACUGGCGGCGCUGAAGUCUGUUGCGCUGACUAGCCAUACGGCGGGGGGGGCCAUGGAGACGCUGAUCGGGUUCGAGCGGCUGGCAAUGGAGAAUGUGCAGCGGGUGUUGGGGGGGGAGAGUCCUUUGACGGCUGUAAAUGGGCUGUCUAGAUGA